AUGGAGUCACAGCAAGAUCAAAGUGAAAUUGUGGACAUGGUGUACCUCGAUCACGCCUUCAGACACUUCCCAGACCAAGAAAUUGCAGCCACAAUCCGUCGGCAAAUCCUCCUAGGAUGCAAGGUUGUGGAGGAAAAGAAAGGCGAGGUUUCAGCCCUCCAAGAUGAGGUUCAGGCUCUGAAAGGAAGCCUUGAAGCCAAAAUGGCGGAGCUUGAGGUUCAUGAAGAGGCGCUCAAAAAUGAGAAAGCCAAGCAUGAAGACCAACAGCGCGAGCUCGCAGAUGAGCUAGCCAAGUUUAACGACCUUACAAAGGACUUCCCGUCCAAGGUCGAAAACUUCACUAAGGGGACUGACGAAGGGUUUAAAACCUUGAAGUCUUCUGCCUCAGACGUAGCAGACAAAAUUGAAGCAUAUGUCAAGGCCACAUCCGAAAAGGAAGAGGCUGACCGUACACUUAGUCAAGGAAUACAUAGUAAGCUGAGAGAUAUGUCUGCGUCGACUGAGAAGAGUAAAAGCGACUUGUCCAUAUUGGUGGGUAAUUCUGCCAAGAUCGUGACCGCUAUUGAAUCUUUAAAAGAAGACCAGAAGCGGAACGCAACAGUCCAGUACUUGGAUACUAAAUUUGCUCUGGUUGGAGGUCUUGCUCAGCGGCUUCAAACUGCCCAUGCCAGGGUAAAUGAGCUUGUCCAAGAAAACCAGACACUCAAGAACGAGAAUGGGAACUUGACUAGCGAAAGAGACAAUGCUCAGGAGGUCGCAAGUCGGGCUGAGAUUGCAUUCGCGAAGUCUGACCAGCUUGUUCAGGAAAAGGACUCUAAAUUAGAGGCGCUCCAGACAGACAGAGAUGGCCUGCGGGACCGUUUGACAGCGGCAAACUCCCAGAUCUUCCAAGGUCAAGAGGCCAGUCGAGAGCUUGACAGGGUCCAGUGUCUACUUCAGACCGCUGAGGCUGGCUGCCGAGAGCUCGCUAGUGUCAAGACCAGGCUACAGCGAGCAGAGCAAACAGCCAGAGAGAUGAAGCAAAAUAUCGAUCAUCUCCAACGCAGUUUAGAUGGCGAGAAAGGUCUCCACAAUGAUUGCUCUGCAAAGCUGACACAAGCUUUAUCGAACAACAGCGAAAGUCUAAGGCAGGAAGCUAAGCUGAAAGAUGAAUGUGCUGAACUUCGAAAGGAGCUAACGGUGCUGCGUUCACAGGAAACACUUGACCUUCAACAACAGAUGAAGAAUCAGUGGGCCACUGUGGAGGAAGCACUGAAAGGCCAGCUAUCUGACAGCCUCUCUCACGAAAGAACCAUUGAAAGGUUGAAUACUGCAUGGGAUUCUGAGAGAAAGCUGCAGCAGGCUGAGAUCCAGAGGCAGAAUAAUGAACUCGAUACACUACAGUCUCGAGUUUCUGAACUUGAGCCACUUGGCGAGCAGCUUCGACAGGCCUGUAGCGAAGCCGAAGAUGUUCAACGAAAGUUGACCGCCAGUGAAUCCAAAGCCAACCAGUUCGAAGAGAACUAUGGGGAGGCCAAGACGACGAUCGAUGACCUUAGAGGUGAGAUCCAAGUCUUAGAGCAUCAGGCUGAAGACUCGACCGUCAAAAUCAAGAGUCUUGAAGAGAAGCUCAAUGCCGUUGAGCAUGAGCUAUCUUCUCAGCAGUCUCAUCAGUGUGUCACAAUGCCUCAAGGGGUACUCGGUGACCUGGCCAAGAUUUAUCUUAGGCUCGCUGAUGUGUUUAGCGAUAUUCCAGUGGUUCCAGAAACGGAAGAAGGUCUUGACAUGGCAAUUAUUGCUGUCGACAUGGCCAACCUACUCGAUGAACCGGAAGCUAAGGACAACCUGACGACUUUCCUGAACUCUGAUCUUCAGGGUUGGCAUUGCCUGCGUCAGGUUAUCGAUGGGGAACCUGAUUCUGAAGUAGAAUCAGGCGAUAUUUCCUGUGAUUACCACAAGGACCAUGGCAGGAUCUGUACCAUGGUCCGGGUGGUUCAAUGGGAUUCCCCGAGACUCGAGUUCCACCAGACUCGGUAG